GCGUUUCGCCAUUACAGCUUUGUGGCAGCCAGCGAAUGAAAGACGGCUUUGCUGGGGCUCUUCCAAUCAGAGCGGAGCUUACAGCGGGCUGAAAGUGAGCGAGAGAAAACACAGGCAGGAGCGGUGGUUUGAAGAGUGGCGCCCUCUGUUGGAAUGGCCACUAUGAACAGCAUCAUCAUUCUCGAUGAUGAUGAAGAUGAAGUGCCCAGCUCCUCCACCAGUCACACGCCCCCUCCCAGAGAUCCCACCAAUUACACGCCACAGCAGUCGCACACCCCUCCGUUUCCCACCAAUCACACGACAAAGCCAACGCCGGAUCCUCCCACCUCUUCCAAUCACAAGCCUGAUCCGUCGACCACCCCUUCCUCCUCCACGAAUCGGAGCUCUUCUGGUCUGCUGGUGAACAAGGCCCUGUUUGAUGAGUUUGUGCAGUUCUGCUCCAGCCUCACGCCUGACCACCCCGAGGUGAUCUCGUACCUGUGUUCGAAGCACAGCCAGGCCAGCGAGCAGUACCUGGGCUCUGCGGAGUUCCGUAACUCGCUGGGGCGCUGCCUGACCCACGUGCAGAGCCGGAGGAGUAAGGUGUACGUGUUCAUCAACGAGCUGUGCACCGCGCUGCGUGCAAACUCAAACAAGCGCAAGCUGCAGCUGAGCCACGCCGGCAUGGAGACAUGUGAGCCCGCGGGACCGGCACAGGGCACAGAGGAGCAGCCAGAGCGGCAGCAGCAGCAGCAGGAGAAGCAGGAGGAGAGGGAGGAGGAGAGAGGCAAAACUGCCAAGGCAUCCAAGAGACAGAUUCGGUACCUGGAGAGCCUAUUGAAGGUGUACUCUGAUGAGAUCCAGAAGCUGCAGGAGAAGGAGCUGGGAUUGGAGGAUCUGGAGGACGAGGACUCUGGCUACAUCCAGGAGCACCGGCUGAAGCGCAAGAUGAUGAAGAUCUAUGAGAAGCUGUGUGAGCUGAAGGGCUGCUCCUCUCAGACGGGCCGGGUGAUUGAGCAGAGAAUCCAGUACAGCGGAACACGCUACCCAGAGAUCAACAAGAGGGUGGAGCGCUUCAUCAAUAACCCGCAGAACGACACCUUCCCGGACUACACGGAUAUCCUGCGCGUGAUGACGAGAGCCAAUGAGAAGCAUCAGCUGGGGCUCGGCAGGAAGCAGCUGCAGAGUCUGGCCCAGGACGCCUUCCGGGACGUGGGGAACAGACUGCAGGAGCGCCGACACCUCGACCUGGUCUACAACUUUGGGAGCCACCUGACCGACCAGUACAGCAGCCGGGCAGACCCCGCCCUCUCAGACCCCGCCCUCUCGAAGAAGCUGCAUUCCAAUAGGGCGCUGGCACUGACCAGCAUAGACCAGGUCAUCACGAAAUACGCGGCGCUUCAGGACGAGAUGGAGGAGCAGGAGAGGAAGAGGAGGAUCGAGAGAGAGAAAGAGAAGAAGGAGAAGGAGGGAGACGUAGACGGAGAGGAAGAGGGAGAGGGGACCAGCAGGGCACAGGAUGAAACACCGUCGAUGAGUAAAGAAGAGAGAGGAGAGGGGGAUGAGGAUGAGGAGGAGGAGGAAGAAGAGGAGGAGGAGGAGGACGACGAAGAGGAAGAGUUCUCCUCAGACCCUGAUAUUGAGGAGGAGCUGGAGAGGAGUCGGGCAGCGGAGGGAGAGGGGGCCGAUGAAGAGAAGGCCGAGGGGAUUGACCAGGACCGGCUCACGGCCAAAGAGGGCGGGAUUUCCUGUUCCGAGGAGGAAGGAGAGAACAACGGGGAGGAAGUGGGAGAGGACAGCCAAUCGGAGAAGAGCCGGGACGAGGACAGGACAUCGGAGACACACAAAACUACAAGUGACACACAAACACUAAUAGGGAAGGCAGCUGCCACGGGAAGCCCCUCCCCUCCAGCCAGUCCCAGCCAAUCGGGUACUCAGGAGGUCAAACAGGAAGUGGGCGACUCCCCUAGUGAUGACAUCAUGGAGGUGGAACAGAAAACUGCCAAUCGGAACUCUCCUCUAUCUCUCUGCUCGGUCAAUGAGUCCCCACCCCUGUCUUCCUCAGGAUCAGCCAUUCAGAGCACAGGGCUGUCUCCCAAAGCCAAUGAGAAGUCUCUGUGUGGGUCGCUGCUGUCCUGUCAGGGAGACUCGCGGUCCUCUCUCUCCUCCAGAGCAGACUCUCCCGUCCUCCCCGACGUUUUAAUCUCCAGUAACCUUGACAACGCACCCCGGUCCCCCUCCCCUCCCCUGUCAGCCAAUCUCGGCUCUCCCCUGCUUGUCUGCUCCCAGGCGUCCAAUCACAGCUCCUCGGGGGAGGUACACACAGACACCACAGCCAAUCACGGCUCCAGCAGGAGUGUGAAGAGGAAGCGGGGUUCCUCACCGCCCAAUAGGAAACAAGGGAUGAAUGGGAGAUCAAGGGACACCAAGAAGGCGCCAGUGGACAGUGGUGAUGACGAGAUCCCUCUUGAUAUGGGGGUGUGUUCCAGCAGUCCCCCUGACUCUCACUGCACAGUCUUCCCAGUAGCAGACUCCACCAGAGCAGACUCUCCGCUGUCACAACUGGUCAGCAGCUCACAGCCCAGUUCCAGCAAGUGUAAUCCCAGUAAGAGGAAGAAGGUGACCGUAGCUACACAGUGCGACCCAGAGGAAGUGAUUGUUCUGUCCGAUUCCGAUUGACCUCCGGAUGACCCCCAGGUGACCCCCCUGAAAAACUCCACCCACCCAAACAAUAUGAAGGCUGAGUGACAGUCCUAAAGCCUGGGGAUGGGGGCUGUCGAAUAUUCAAUGAUCCAUACAGAGAACUAAGAUUUACAAACACUAUGCUCUAGUCUAGCUGCUAUAGUUAGCUAUCCCCAAAUACUGUGUUCUAGUCUAGCUGCUAUAGUUUGCAAGCUUAGUAUAGUUACUUUGGGAUUGCUAACUACAGCAGCUACACUAGAGCACAGUGUUUAAUUGCUAACUACAGCAGCUAGACUAGAGCACAGUAUUGUGAAUUGGACUGGUAAAUUUCAACACAGGUUUGAGAAACAACAUUUUUGUAAUGGACUUGGGUUUAGUAUUUAUCAAACACACUGCCUGAUAUUUUUGUAAAUUUAAAAAGAUGGGAGAUUUAAAUACAUUUAAGAUUAAUGAAAACGCCAAGUUUCUUUUGGUGGGAUAUUUCUGUUUUGUGAGCUACUUGUAAUAAAAAUGGAAUUCAUGUUUUCUUAUAAAGGUAGCUUCUUUUUCUAUAAAGCACAAUAUCUGGCAUUUUUAUUAAAAAAAAAAAAAAAUGAAAGUACUGUGCCAAAAAUGCAAUAUUAAAGGAUCAACGGCUUCAAAAGUCAGUUUAACUGAUGUGGGCGUCACUGUGUUUGAACUGCAGGGUGUCUCGUAAAUCAGACAGCAUCAGAUUCAUACAGCAAGCAUUGAGAGCUCCAGCAUGUAUCACACAUUCACACAGCAAGCAUUGAGACCCAGCAUGUAUCACACAUUCACACAGCAAGCAUUGAGAGAUCCAGCAUGUAUCACACAUUCAUACAGCAAGCAUUGAGAGAUCCAGCAUGUAUCACACAUUCAUACAGCAAGCAUUGAGAGAUCCGGCAUGCAUCACACAUUCACACAGCAAGCAUUGAGAGAUCCAGCAUGUAUCACACAUUCAUACAGCAAGCAUUGAGAGAUCCAGCAUGUAUCACACAUUCAUACAGCAAGCAUUGAGACCCAGCAUGUAUCACACAUUCAUACAGCAAGCAUUGAGAGAUCCAGCAUGUAUCACACACACACAGCAAGCAUUGAGAUCCAGCAUGUAUCACACAUUCAUACAGCAAGCAUUGAGAUCCAGCAUGUAUCACACAUUCAUACAGCAAGCAUUGAGAGAUCCAGCAUGCAUCACACAUUCAUACAACAAGCAUUGAGACCCAGCAUGUAUCACACAUUCACACAGCAAACAUUGAGAGAUCCAGCAUGUAUCACACAUUCAUACAGCAAGCAUUGAGAGAUCCAGCAUGUAUCACACAUUCAUACAGCAAGCAUUGAGGUAUCCAGCAUGCAUCACACAUUCAUACAACAAGCAUUGAGACCCAGCAUAUAUCACACAUUCACACAGCAAGCAUUGAGACCCAGCAUGUAUCACACAUUCAUACAGCAAGCAUUGAGAGAUCCAGCAUGUAUCACACAUUCAUACAACAAGCAUUGAGAUCCAGCAUGUAUCACACAUUCAUACAACAAGCAUUGAGAUCCAGCAUGUAUCACACAUUCAUACAGCAAGCAUUGAGAUCCAGCAUGUAUCACACAUUCACACAGCAAGCAUUGAGACCCAGCAUAUAUCACACAUUCACACAGCAAACAUUGAGAGAUCCAGCAUGUAUCACACAUUCAUACAACAAGCAUUGAGAUCCAGCAUGUAUCACACAUUCAUACAACAAGCAUUGAGAUCCAGCAUGUAUCACACAUUCAUACAGCAAGCAUUGAGAUCCAGCAUGUAUCACACAUUCAUACAGCAAGCAUUGAGAUCCAGCAUGUAUCACACAUUCAUACAGCAAGCAUUGAGAUCCAGCAUGUAUCACACAUUCAUACAACAAGCAUUGAGACCCAGCAUGUAUCACACAUUCAUACAGCAAGCAUUGAGACCCAGCAUGUGUCACACAUUCAUACAGCAAGCAUUGAGAUCCAGCAUAUAUCACACAUUCACACAGCAAGCAUUGAGACCCAGCAUGUAUCACACAUUCAUACAGCAAGCAUUGAGAGAUCCAGCAUGUAUCACACAUUCAUACAGCAAGCAUUGAGGUAUCCAGCAUGCAUCACACAUUCAUACAACAAGCAUUGAGAUCCAGCAUGUAUCACACAUUCAUACAACAAGCAUUGAGAUCCAGCAUGUAUCACACAUUCAUACAGCAAGCAUUGAGAUCCAGCAUGUAUCACACAUUCAUACAGCAAGCAUUGAGAUCCAGCAUGUAUCACACAUUCAUACAACAAGCAUUGAGACCCAGCAUGUAUCACACAUUCAUACAGCAAGCAUUGAGACCCAGCAUGUGUCACACAUUCAUACAGCAAGCAUUGAGAUCCAGCAUAUAUCACACAUUCACACAGCAAGCAUUGAGACCCAGCAUGUGUCACACAUUCAUACAACAAGCAUUGAGACCCAGCAUAUAUCACACAUUCACACAGCAAGCAUUGAGACCCAGCAUGUAUCACACAUUCAUACAGCAAGCAUUGAGAGAUCCAGCAUGUAUCACACAUUCAUACAGCAAGCAUUGAGGUAUCCAGCAUGCAUCACACAUUCAUACAACAAGCAUUGAGACCCAGCAUAUAUCACACAUUCACACAGCAAGCAUUGAGACCCAGCAUGUAUCACACAUUCAUACAGCAAGCAUUGAGAGAUCCAGCAUGUAUCACACAUUCAUACAACAAGCAUUGAGAUCCAGCAUGUAUCACACAUUCAUACAACAAGCAUUGAGAUCCAGCAUGUAUCACACAUUCAUACAGCAAGCAUUGAGAUCCAGCAUGUAUCACACAUUCACACAGCAAGCAUUGAGACCCAGCAUAUAUCACACAUUCACACAGCAAACAUUGAGAGAUCCAGCAUGUAUCACACAUUCAUACAACAAGCAUUGAGAUCCAGCAUGUAUCACACAUUCAUACAACAAGCAUUGAGAUCCAGCAUGUAUCACACAUUCAUACAGCAAGCAUUGAGAUCCAGCAUGUAUCACACAUUCAUACAGCAAGCAUUGAGAUCCAGCAUGUAUCACACAUUCAUACAGCAAGCAUUGAGAUCCAGCAUGUAUCACACAUUCAUACAACAAGCAUUGAGACCCAGCAUGUAUCACACAUUCAUACAGCAAGCAUUGAGAGAUCCAGCAUGUAUCACACACACACAGCAAGCAUUGAGAGAUCCAGCAUGUAUCACACAUUCAUACAACAAGCAUUGAGACCCAGCAUGUAUCACACAUUCAUACAGCAAGCAUUGAGACCCAGCAUGUGUCACACAUUCAUACAACAAGCAUUGAGACCCAGCAUGUGUCACACAUUCAUACAACAAGCAUUGAGACCCAGCAUGUGUCACACAUUCAUACAGCAAGCAUUGAGAUCCAGCAUGUAUCACACAUUCAUACAGCAAGCAUUGAGAGGUCCAGCAUGUAUCACACAUUCAUACAACAAGCAUUGAGACCCAGCAUGUAUCACACAUUCAUACAGCAAGCAUUGAGAUCCAGCAUGUAUCACACAUUCAUACAGCAAGCAUUGAGACCCAGCAUGUAUCACACAUUCAUACAGCAAGCAUUGAGAGAUCCAGCAUGUAUCACACACACACAGCAAGCAUUGAGAGAUCCAGCAUGUAUCACACAUUCAUACAACAAGCAUUGAGACCCAGCAUGUAUCACACAUUCAUACAGCAAGCAUUGAGACCCAGCAUGUGUCACACAUUCAUACAGCAAGCAUUGAGAGAUCCAGCAUGCAUCACACAUUCAUACAACAAGCAUUGAGACCCAGCAUGUAUCACACAUUCAUACAGCAAGCAUUGAGAGAUCCAGCAUGUAUCACACAUUCAUACAGCAAGCAUUGAGACCCAGCAUGUAUCACACAUUCACACAGCAAACAUUGAGAGAUCCAGCAUGUAUCACACAUUCAUACAACAAGCAUUGAGACCCAGCAUGUAUCACACAUUCAUACAGCAAGCAUUGAGAGAUCCAGCAUGUAUCACACAUUCACACAGCAAGCAUUGAGAUCCAGCAUGUGUCACACAUUCAUACAGCAAGCAUUGAGACCCAGCAUGUAUCACACAUUCAUACAGCAAGCAUUGAGAUCCAGCAUGUAUCACACAUUCAUACAGCAAGCAUUGAGAGAUCCAGCAUGUAUCACACAUUCAUACAGCAAGCAUUGAGACCCAGCAUAUAUCACACAUUCACACAGCAAGCAUUGAGAUCCAGCAUGUAUCACACAUUCAUACAGCAAGCAUUGAGAUCCAGCAUGUAUCACACAUUCAUACAGCAAGCAUUGAGAUCCAGCAUGUAUCACACAUUCAUACAGCAAACAUUGAGACCCAGCAUGUAUCACACAUUCAUACAGCAAGCAUUGAGAUCCAGCAUGUAUCACACAUUCACACAGCAAGCAUUGAGAUCCAGCAUGUAUCACACAUUCACACAGCAAGCAUUGAGAUCCAGCAUGUAUCACACAUUCAUACAGCAAGCAUUGAGAUCCAGCAUGUAUCACACAUUCACACAGCAAGCAUUGAGAGACCCAGCAUGUAUCACACAUUCAUACAGCAAGCAUUUAGAUCCAGCAUCAGUGUUCCCUCUAAGGCUAAAAUGUGCACAUUUUUCGCAGUAACUGGCAACAACCUUCGCACUCAGUUUACUAACUUUCGCAAGUUAUCAUGAAUGUCAACCUCAAAUCGAGACUCCAGCCUCUCGAGGUAAAGCUAUCAUUUGAGAGCAUUCUUACAAAGCAUUAACACAAGCAUAUUCGCAUCUGUCUGGCAGCUGAGUCUCUGAUUUCUCUCUGUAAAAAUGCACCACAUUCGCUCAGAGCUCGCUCGGGCACCAGCGGAUCCACUAGUACAGGGCGGGUGAAGCGGGCGUGUGGCGAUGCAGCCUCUAUAGCGAGUGCUGCUCGGUGCUGCUCAUGAACUUUACAGUUUCGAACUCGUCGUAUAAUUGAAUACUAAUAAGUGAAGCACAAUCUUUCUGCAGUAUGUAGAAGUAUUAAUACUCAGGUAAACAAAUAAAAAUCACAAGAGUCAUACUUUGAUGGUUUUUGUUUUAUUUCCCUUUAAAAAAAAAAAAAGACUAUUUCAGAAAUAUCAAGUGUUUCAAAAUAUUAAUUUAGGGUCAAAUGCACAUCAAGUGUAUAAUACAGUAAUUGAAGAAGACAUGCCAUGUGCAUUUCCUUUGCAAGUUGAGUUUAUUCAUCAUUAUUAUUUCUUUCUUAGCAGACGCCCUUAUCCAGGGCGACUUACAAUUGUUACAAGAUAUCACAUUAUUUUUUACAUACAGUUAUCCAUUUAUACAGUUGUGUUUUUACUGGAGCAAUCUAGGUAAAGUACCUUGCUCAAGGGUACAGCAGCAGUGUUCCCCACCGGGGAUUGAACCCACAACCCUCCGGUCAGGAGUCCAGAGCCCUAACCACUACUCCACACUGCUGGAGUGACUUCACUCGCGUGUGUGUCUGCUGAAACUCAACAUGGCAGCUGCACCAACCAAGAAAAAAAAUUAGUGCUUUCAAAAAAGUAAACUUAGUCAAUCUUGGUUUGAAUGGCAUAUUUAAUUGAUCCAGUGACUGCAUGCGUCUCAUUCGCUUGUGUUAUUACUGGUGCUUUUCUUCUUCUUGUUAUUAUUUUAAAGUUCUUGUUGCCUGUAAGGCCUCGCAUGGUCUUGGCCCUUCUUAUCUUCAGGAUCUGCUGACCUCACGUGCCCCCUGGGUCGUUCCCUGAGAUCGGAACAUGCUAAUCUCCUGAUAGUCCCUACAAUCAGGAGCCAGGGCAGAGGAAUGCCAGCACAAUUGAAUCUUUGAAAACACAUUUGUUUGCGUCUGUUUAUUUGUAGCUGGAUUAUAUAUUGGACACAGGGUUUUUUAUAUUACUUUUGUAAAGAGCCCUGAACUGCUUGCAUGAAGAGCGCUAUACAAGUAAAAUUAGUAUUUUAUUCUUCUUCUUCUUAUUAUUAUUAU